GGAGGUGGAGUGGGGCCGACGUCGGGCCCGAGCCGACAGACGCGAGCCCGAGCGCGAGCUGGUCUUGUCGUCGCGCAGAGGAGGAGGGGGAAGGCAGGGCUCAGGGCGGGGCCUAGGACGCGGACGUAAGAAUCGCAGGCGAUGGCGAUGGGAGGCGUGACACGGCGAGCGCAGAAGAUUUCAGUUUUAUAUCUUUAUUUAAUAUUGGAGAGUCGAAUUCGAAGCGCAGGAGAGGCGCGGCUCGGUCUUCGGAGAGAGGCCGACGGUCUAGAAUAGUGGGGCGCGGUUGACAGUGCGUCAAAUCGUUCAGGGAUUCAUCGUGUUCGGUACUGGGGAAGGCGAGGGCGAGGAGCAGCCUCAAAUCCGACUGGCAUUGCCGCGCUCGUUGUGCGCGAGAGUGAGUAUUCGUAGCCAUUUAUCAUCGACUCGCUUGCGCACGUACAGCUGCUGCAGCUGCUUCUUUCCAUCCUCCCUGUUCCCUCCGGCCUCCCCUCCGCUCGCUGCAAGAGUGCAAGACCGAUUGAGUUCAUUCACGCGUUGCGGAAUCAGGGGAUGCUCAGGCGGGCGGAUCUUUCCUAGCAAAGCGCACCAUCAGCCUACUACGAACUAGAUACUGCAGGCCAUCGGGACAGGGGGCUCACAUACACGCGCACACACAGGGAAAAGAGGGAAAUACUGGCGGACAGAUCGACAGACGCCGGAGCGAGAUAGCGAGAUAGCGAGAGAACGAGAGAGAGAUUGAGCGGGAGGGAGUUUGGUUGGAGAAGAAGAAGAAGAAACAUUGGCAAAUUGUAGAGAGACGGAAGUAGCCGAGUCCAGGAAAGGAGGGGAGUAAAUGGUCGAUGUUAGUGAAUGGCGGCAGGUUGCGCCUGAUUUGUGGAUGGAGGGAUUGAGCGAGGCAGGAAAACUUGAGAAAGCCUCUGGAGGAGAUUGCGAACGCGUGGCUUGGGUUUGUGAAGGCAAGAGUUGGGGUCAGGGAAGUGGUCUCAAUUCCAACGAGAUUCGGUUGAGGGAUUUGAAGAGUGGCGCUGGAAUGUCGACUGCAAAUCUGUUGCCAGGAAGAGACGGUUGGGUAGCCGAAUAACAGCGUAUGUUGUACAACGCGGGGUUGAACCUUUGCCACUGACUCCAUUGCCCUACGUUUGAAUCGUGAGCGGGCUUUGUUUGUUAAUUAAGGGGCUAUUACGAGCUGUUUGCAAGUAGUGGAACUUCGGCUCUCGCCCACAGACGCGUGUUUCGGGUGUAUGAUUUCACUCAAGAGUUACUUGACUGCUAUCUUGACAAGUCCACUCGAUUGUGUUUUUCCAUUCUUGGAAAACGUGGUGAACGUCAGCAUAGUUCUCAUAAUGGGCUGCUUCAGCUCAAAACAAAUGAAACAGCCACCUGGAUACGAGGAUCCAAUCAUACUUGCGCAAGAGACAGCAUUUAGUGUAAGCGAAGUGGAGGCCUUGUAUGAGUUAUUUAAGAAACUUAGCUCCACUGUCAUCGAUGACGGUCUUAUUCACAAGGAAGAGUUCCAGCUUGCGCUCUUCAAGAACAGCAAGCGAGAAAACCUGUUCGCAGAUCGGGUGUUUGAUCUCUUUGACACAAAGCAAAAUGGUGUCAUCGAGUUUGGGGAGUUCGUAAGGGCUCUCAGCGUCUUCCAUCCAAGUGCUCCAACAGAUGAUAAAAUUGAAUUUGCGUUCAAGCUUUAUGACCUGAGAAAGACAGGGUACAUCGAGCGGGAAGAGGUCAAGCAAAUGCUCAUCGCUCUUCUGUCAGAAUCAGACAUGAAACUGACAGAUGACGUAAUUGAGGCGAUCCUUGACAAGACAUUUGCUGAGGCGGAUACCAAGCACGAUGGUAGAAUUGACAAAGAGGAAUGGAGAAAUCUCGUCAUGAAGCAUCCUACUUUGAUGAGAAAUAUGACCCUUCCCUAUCUAAAGGAUAUAACCACGUCAUUUCCCAGCUUCGUGUUCCAUUCUGAAGUGGACGAUUCAAAUACUUGAUUAUAAAUGGCCCGGGUUAGUAAUUUUUUCCGAAGAAUUUGUAAAUUAUGAAAUGCCACAAAGCUUGACCUUGCCAAGCUCAACUUAGUAAUUUACCACUGACUUAUUUGUUAGGGUUUUGAAGUAGGUAGAGAAUAGUGGCCUCCAAAUUGAGCGAGUUAGUUAGUUGUAGUUGGCGCGCCUACUUGCUCAUAUCAGCCCCUCUCCGACGGGAAUUGAAUAAUGAAGAGGGUACCUCAUACAAAUUAUCUGCCUUAGGGAGGCCACUUUGUACAAUAUACACUAGAUUACCAGAGAUUUAUCAACAGGCACGACGCUUGUCUUCCAUGCAGCUGCAAGAUGGAGUGUGCAAGUUCACAUUAGAGUUUUGACCUGCGGAAGAUCUCUCUUGUUCUUCCAUGUCCAAUAACAGAAGAAAAUCUAUUCCCGUGUGGGUAGUAAGGCCCUUAUUGGUACUUUUUUCUGGCGACAUCGAUGUUUUACUUAAAUCCACUGUAAUUUCUGCGAUGACAUUGUUUUUUGCCCCUGUCAAGAGCAGGGGUCACUUGUGGAGUGCGAAUAAAAUUAAUCUGAAUCUGUAGCAAGCGUCUGUCGUACAUCGCCGACGUUAUCGAUAGAUGGUCUACUUGUCGUCCCCAUAUACUUAAGUAAAAGUUUGUUUCAUGAGUUCAUAAGGAUACUCCAAACGAAUCUAUCCGGUGACAGCUUUGUUUGUUUUCUUGUUAUUAUUUUAAGACUUCCAUGGUUUAUUCGAAAGGAGUCCAGUGACUUUUUGCUUAUGCUGAGCUAUUAAUACGUUUCUCGGAAUUCUGUACGUAUGAAGGAAGACAGGCCAAAGCUCAGUAUCGUGUCCGCAAGUAUUGUUCAUGAGGCGUCAGUAGUCCGUAGUUUCGUGUAGGGUCUGCCAGUAAAUAGUGCGAGGACGU